GGAGUGGAGCCCGAGCCCGAGCUGGGAGCCGGGAGCCGGGAGCCGGGAGCCGGGUAGGAGUUUUGGCAGCGUUACGCGGAAGGAGGAGGCGCUGCGGAGAGACGGAAGGGAAGACCUCGGGAGCCGUCAUGCAGCGAUCGAUAAAGUCGUUUUUCCAGCCUAUGAGCGGGGACAGAGUGAGGAAGCAGGAGGAGCCCCCCAAAAGCAGCAAGGAGAGAGAGCCCACCUCCAAGGCUGCCCUGAAGGAGAGGAAUGCUGUAGAACCUGAGAGUGAGUCCCCCGUGAAGAGGCCUAUGAGGAAAGUGCCCCGAGUCCUAGGGAGUGAAGGCGAGGAGGAGGACCACGAGGAGGUGGCCCCGACAGCCCCCCCAGACCAGAAGCCCAGCGUCCCCUCCCGGGCCCCUUCUCCAGCCAGCUCCGGCCCGUCCCCCUCAGACUCCUCGCCCCACGGCAUCUCCCCAGCAGGGAUCCCAAAGCGUCGGACAGCUCGGAAACAGAUGCAGAAACGUAAGCUGAAGGAGCUGCCUGAGGACCAUGAGGGCCAGGUGCCCAAGAGGCUUAAGAGGGAGGGAGGCGAGAGUGCACAAGGGAGAAGCCCUGAGCGGCCCGCCUCGAUCCGUGAGGCACAGCGGGCCCCCGAGCCGCAGGGCGCCUCGGAGGAGGCGAGGCGAGGCCCGGAGCCAAAGGCACCCGCCCGGGCACCCAAGGCCUUCAGCAGCUUUUUCACCCCCCAAAAGCCGGCAGCAGCAAAGCAGACCCCAAAGGAGGCAGAGACAGGGAAGGCAGCAGAGGAGACAUCCAGGGCGCCCCUAGACCCAGCCACAUACGACCCUUCUAAGAGCAGCUAUCACCCCCUGGACGACGCAUGCUGGAAACCAGGGCAGAGGGUCCCCUACCUCAUUGUAGCUCGGACAUUUGAGAAAAUUGAGGAAGUCUCUGCUCGGCUCCGGAUGGUGGAAACGCUGAGCAACCUCCUCCGGUCAGUGACCGCCCUGUCCCCCACAGACCUGCUCCCUAUCCUCUACCUGAGUCUCAACCAGCUGGGCCCCCCCCAGCAAGGCCUGGAGCUCGGCGUGGGGGACGGCGUGCUCCUCAAGGCGGUGGCCCAAGCCACAGGGCGGCAACUGGAAGCCAUACGGGCCGAGAUGGCAGAAAGGGGGGACGUGGGGUUGGUGGUAGAGGCCAGCCGCAGCACCCAGCGUACCAUGCUGCCCCUGCCCCCCCUGACGGCAUCAGGGGUCCUGAGCAAGCUCCGAGACAUCGCCCGCCUCACAGGCAGCGCUUCCACAUCAAAGAAGAUCGACAUCAUCAAAGGCUUGUUUGUUGCCUGUCGCCACUCGGAGGCCCGCUUCAUUGCCAGGGCCCUGAGUGGGCGGCUGCGCCUGGGCCUUGCCGAACAGUCGGUGCUGGCCGCACUUGCCCAGGCCGUGACCCUCACGCCCCCUGGCCAAGAGUUCCCCCCGGCUGUGGUAGAUGCUGGGACAGGCAAGUUGGCAGAAGCCAGAAAGACUUGGCUGGAAGAGAAGGGCAUGAUCCUGAAGCAGACCUUCUGCGAGGUGCCUGACCUGGACCUGAUUGUCCCUGCCCUGCUCGAGCACGGGCUGGACCAGCUGCCCCAGCACUGCCAGCUGACCCCAGGGGUACCCCUGAAGCCCAUGCUGGCCCACCCCACCCGCGGCAUUGGGGAGGUGUUGAAGCGCUUCGAGGAGUCUGCCUUCACAUGUGAAUAUAAGUAUGAUGGGCAGAGAGCACAGAUCCAUGUCCUGGCAAACGGGGACGUGAAGAUAUUUAGCCGGAACCAGGAGGAUAACACGGGCCGGUAUCCAGAUGUCAUCAGCCGCAUCCCGAAGAUGAAGCAUCCCUCAGUCAUCUCCUGCAUUCUGGACGCAGAAGCUGUGGCCUGGGACCGGGUAAAGAAGCAAAUUCAGCCCUUCCAGGUGCUCAGCACACGCAAACGCAAGGAGGUGGAGGAGGCCGAGAUCCAAGUCCAGGUGUGCCUGUAUGCCUUCGACCUCAUCUACCUCAAUGGGCAGUCCCUGGUCCGGGAGCCGCUGUCCCGGAGGCGGCAGCAGCUCCGGGAGAACUUCAUCGAGACAGAGGGCGAGUUUGUUUUUGCCACGUCUCUAGACACGAAGGACACUGAGCAGAUCGCCGACUUCCUGGAGCAGUCCGUGAAAGAUUCCUGUGAGGGCCUGAUGGUGAAGACCCUUGACACCAACGCCACCUAUGAGAUUGCCAAGAGAUCCCACAACUGGCUCAAGCUGAAGAAGGAUUAUCUGGAAGGCAUUGGGGACACUCUGGACCUGGUGUUGAUCGGGGCCUAUUUGGGCCGGGGGAAACGGGCCGGACGAUACGGGGGCUUUCUCCUGGCUGCCUUCGAUGAGGACAGUGAAGAGUUCCAGGCUAUUUGCAAGCUGGGCACAGGCUUCAGUGAUGAAGAAUUAGAGGAACAUUACCAGAGCCUCCAGGCCCUCGUGAUCCCUGCUCCUCGUUCCUAUGUCCGAGCCGAAGGGGCUGUACCCCCUGACCACUGGCUAGAACCAACCACUGUAUGGGAGGUUAAAUGUGCUGAUCUCUCUGUCUCCCCAAUUUAUUCGGCAGCCCGAGGGUUGGUGGAGAGCGACAAGGGCGUCUCCCUGCGGUUUCCCCGAUUUGUCCAAGUUCGAAAAGACAAGAAACCAGAAGAGGCAACCUCCAGUGCCCAGGUGGCCAAUUUGUAUAAGAAACAGCAACAGAUUCAGAACCAGCAGGAUUCCAAAUCCCCUACCUUUGAACCGGAAGAUUUCUGUUAAGUCGCCCAGUCCUACCUGGGGGGGAGCAGAGCAAAGGUGCCACUGUUUACUCAAUAAAAUUUGGGGGCUA